AUGCGUGAGAUCGUUCACCUCCAAACCGGCCAGUGUGGUAACCAAAUUGGUGCUGCUUUCUGGCAGACCAUCUCUGGCGAGCACGGCCUUGACGGCUCCGGUGUUUACAAUGGCACCUCCGACCUCCAGCUGGAGCGCAUGAACGUCUACUUCAACGAGGCUAGCGGUAACAAGUAUGUCCCCCGUGCCGUCCUCGUCGAUCUCGAGCCCGGUACCAUGGACGCUGUCCGUGCCGGUCCCUUCGGCCAGCUCUUCCGUCCCGACAACUUCGUCUUCGGCCAGUCCGGUGCUGGUAACAACUGGGCCAAGGGUCACUACACUGAGGGUGCCGAGUUGGUCGACCAGGUUGUCGAUGUUGUCCGCCGUGAGGCCGAGGCUUGCGACUGCCUCCAGGGUUUCCAGAUCACCCACUCCCUCGGUGGUGGUACCGGUGCCGGUAUGGGUACCCUCCUGAUCUCCAAGAUCCGUGAGGAAUUCCCCGACCGUAUGAUGGCCACCUUCUCCGUUGUCCCCUCCCCCAAGGUCUCCGACACCGUUGUUGAGCCUUACAACGCCACUCUCUCCGUUCACCAGCUCGUUGAGCACUCCGACGAGACCUUCUGUAUCGACAACGAGGCUCUCUACGACAUCUGCAUGCGCACCCUCAAGCUCUCUAACCCCUCCUACGGUGACCUGAACCACCUGGUCUCUGCCGUCAUGUCCGGUGUGACCACUUGCCUCCGUUUCCCUGGUCAGCUCAACUCCGACCUCCGCAAGCUGGCUGUCAACAUGGUUCCCUUCCCUCGUCUCCACUUCUUCAUGGUCGGCUUCGCUCCUCUGACCAGCCGCGGCGCCUACUCCUUCCGUGCCGUCACCGUUCCCGAGUUGACCCAGCAGAUGUUCGACCCCAAGAACAUGAUGGCUGCCUCUGACUUCCGCAACGGCCGCUACCUCACCUGCUCCGCCAUCUUCCGUGGACGUGUCUCCAUGAAGGAGGUUGAGGACCAGAUGCGCAACAUCCAGAGCAAGAACCAGACCUACUUCGUCGAGUGGAUCCCCAACAACAUCCAGACCGCCCUGUGCUCCAUUCCUCCCCGUGGUCUCAAGAUGUCCUCUACCUUCAUCGGUAACUCCACCUCCAUCCAGGAGCUCUUCAAGCGUGUCGGUGAUCAGUUCACUGCUAUGUUCCGUCGCAAGGCUUUCUUGCACUGGUACACUGGUGAGGGUAUGGACGAGAUGGAGUUCACUGAGGCUGAGAGCAACAUGAACGACCUGGUCUCCGAGUACCAGCAGUACCAGGACGCCUCGAUCUCCGAGGGUGAGGAGGAAUACGUCGAGGAGGAGCCCCUUGAGGCUGAGGAGUAA